AUGGCUAAGCUUGCUGACUUUGCGAAUGCCACCGGGUAUUGGGCGAGCCAAUGUGCCGUACCGAAUCUGUCAGCUGCUGCUACUGCCAGCACCGGCGCGCAGGCAAGCAUGCUCGGGCAUGCAGAUACCCUGAUAAACGAUUUUCUCGAAGGCCAUUCCGCUCCAGUCUACAAUGAUGAUACCAGCAAUGGGAGCCACACACCGGACGACCUCAAUGUUGACAUCGCGUCCCUUUCUACUGCAGCAGACGGCUCUUCUGGUGCUGUAGCGAGGCCGACUGUAAAGAGGAUCUCUCCAAAGAAGGAUUUCUUCCUGGUAUACCUUGUGGGGGGCAGCACGGCAGUGAUCUGGAUUCACGCGUUUUACCCGCCCAUUGCAACAAGGUCGUUCGCGGAGAAGUUAGCUAUGGGGACGUUCAUGGAGGAGAUAUCCAAGGCUCUUCACACCGCUGCAACGUCCAACGCCUCGCAGAACAUCAUAGACGUGCGCAGCAACGGGGGCGGCUCCGUACAAGCGACGUACAGAGUCGUGCGCUCACUCAUGGGGGCAGCCAAGGUGCCAGACACGCAGCUCAUGCCGCCCAUGGACUGUGUCAUCGGCACGACGUACACGGAGAAUGCCAUGGGCGUGCUGGCAGUGGACAACACCACGGCGCCGCACUACUACCUCGGCCUCUACACGGACCUCAACGGCACCCACAUCGCAAGCGCCUUCAACUACGCGCCUUUCCGCCAGCCGCGCUUCACACAGGCCGGCCGUGCGGGGACCUACUCGGCGCCGUUCAAGUUCGACCACAAGGGGCAGCUGCCCGUGAAGGAAGAGCAGCCAGUGUUUGGCGACCGCCUCUUCCUUGUGCUCUCCGACGGAGACUGCUUCUCCACCUGCGCUGUCCUCACGCACCUCCUGGGGAAACGCCACAAAGUACCCAUGGUAACCGUGGGUGGUUUGCCCAACCAGCCCCUUGACGUGAGCUCCUCGUGCCUCGGGUUCACCCUGACUGACUCUUAUGCGAUGGCUGAAGGCCUGUAA